CAUUUAUACCGUCUGACGCGGCCGGCAACGGCACAGUAUUUUCUUAAACGGAAACGUGCUUUAACGUGAAUUCUUCUCACAUAGAUGAGAGUGGUUGUAACGUGUACGUUAUUACUUAGCCUUCGUUAAAAGUCGCGAAAACUGUGUUACACCCCAUUUAAACUAUCGUAUUUUAACGCUCAUUGUCAGUGAAGUUUUUGAUAUUUCCCCCGUUUCGCGAUAUCCCCAGUCGUGAAAGGAUCCCAAUUCUUUUUCUACUGCGUAUUACUUAUUUCAACCUAAAAAUGUACUCGCGUAUUAAUGUACAGAGAGGACCCGGAAUAUAGUAUAAUACCAAAUCUUUUACUCGAUGCCAAUUGCUUCUUGUAUAUUUCAUAUUAACAAUAAAACGAGACUCUAAACGGGAUGGAUGAAAUUCGGAAGUAAAUUUGUUGUCACGUAGAUUAUUGGGCUGGACGUAGUAGGUGAAAAAAAAAUAGAAAAAAACGACAACUUAAUUAUCAUAGUUAAUUAUAUUGUACAUUAUUCUCAUUUGUACCGGUAAUAAUUAGUUUGUAAUAUAUAUAUAUAUACAUAUAUAUACACAUAAGUGCGCGCAGUGUUGGAUUCUGGACUCGGUACAAUUAAAAUAAGGAAUAUGAAGAGGGCCGAAGGAUCUGCAGAGUAUAGGACCAGCGAGAGUGACGAGGGGUACGUAAACCAUGGCCUCAACGGUUCCAGGGGAAGCUUAGACAUGGAAAAUUCGAACGGGAUCCGGGAAUUGCCUCGCGAGAUACGGGGCUCCUCGGAUUUCAUCUUGGUGGAAGAACGCAACGUCUUGCAGAAGAAAAAAAGUCCGGACGGUGCGUUCAAAACAUCUGUAAGCUGGGCGAGGCGGAGGGCGCGUUCUGUAUGCACGAAAAAAAUGCUUUACAAAAGACUUCCGGUAUUGAAAUGGCUACCGAAUUACAACACACAUGACGCCCUUGGUGACUUGGUCGCUGGGAUCACGGUUGGAUUGACGGUCAUACCUCAAUCCCUUGCCUAUUCCAACAUCGCAGGUCUUGCGCCCCAGUAUGGACUCUACGGCAGCUUCUUGGGAUGCUUCAUUUACAUCAUAUUCGGUUCGUGCAAGGACAUUCCGUUCGGUCCAACGGCCAUCGUUUCACUCUUGACUUAUCAGACGGUUGCGCAUCUGGACUCGCCUUACCAGUACGCAAUUUUGUUGACCUUUCUGUCGGGCGUCAUUGAACUGUUGAUGGGAAUUUUUGGACUCGGAUUUCUCAUAGACUUUGUCUCGGGGCCGGUAAGUUCCGGUUUCACGUCCGCCGUUGCCCUCAUAAUAGUAUCGUCACAGGUCAAAGAUCUGCUGGGCAUAUCCGCGUCUGGAUCAACGUUUGUACAAAUGUGGAAAAGCAUCAGCAAGAACCUUACCAACACUUCGGCCUGGGACGCCACCCUCGGAGCCUCGUGCAUAGCUCUUCUCCUCAUUCUGAGGAUGGUGGCUUCUAUCAAAAUCGGGCCCGAAGAUGAAGAGCUCCGGACAACGAAGCACCGAGUUAUCAACAAGAUCAUUUGGCUCAUCGGAACUUCGAGAAACGCGCUUCUGGUCGUCAUCUGCGGAAUUCUGGGCUACAGUUUCACCGAAACACCGCCAUUCCAACUGACCGGAUACAUACCCGGUGGAAUGCCAACGGCCCAGCUGCCGCCGUUCAGCUUUACAAAAGACGACAACACCACCGUCUCGUUUUUCGAAAUGUGCUCGAACCUCGGAAGCGGAAUUCUAGUCGUUCCGUUGAUUUCUCUGAUGGAGAACAUCGCGAUUUGCAAAGCUUUCGCAAAUGGGAAAACCGUCGACGCAACGCAAGAGCUGAUCGCCAUCGGUGUAAGUAACAUCGGAAACUCCUUUGUUCAGGCAUUCCCCAGUACAGGAUCGCUCAGCAGAAGUGCGGUGAACAAUGCGUCCGGAGUAAGAACACCGAUGGGUGGUCUUUACACAGGUCUACUGGUUAUACUGGCGCUAUUGUUCCUCACCCCAUAUUUUAACUACAUCCCGAAAGCAAGCUUGGCAGCGAUUAUAAUUGCCGCGGUGAUCUUCAUGGUCGAAGUAAAGGUGGUCAGACCGAUGUGGAGAGCGAAAAAGUCCGAUCUGAUACCAGGAAUAGCCACUUUCCUGGCCUGCCUGGUUCUCCGGGUGGAGAUUGGAAUCCUCUGUGGAAUCGGAAUCAACGUUCUAUUCAUACUUUAUCACGCUGCGCGGCCAAAGAUUUCCGUCGAAGAAUUAACAAGUCAUCGAGGUGUUGAAUAUCUGAUGCUGACGCCGGAUCGCUGCCUGAUAUUUCCCUCCGUUGACUACGUCAGAAAUUUAGUUACCAAAUACAGCAGCCGCGUACGCAGCGUCGAGACACCGGUUGUUAUAGACUGUACGCAUAUUUACGGGGCUGAUUACACAGCUGCCAAAGUUAUCGAGAGUUUGACCAAGGAUUUUGCCGCAAGGGGACAGCCCUUGUUUUUCUACAAUUUGAAACCGUCGGUUCACGCUGUUUUCGAGGGCGUAGCACCCACCGAUUUUGUCGUGUAUUACACACAGUCGGCUCUCGACGAUCUUCUCAAGCAAAACGAUCCUCCAAAAUUACCAAAAGGAUUUUCUGCCGCCUGAGGAGGAUGCAAAUUGUAGGCUCAGAGUCGGCCUGUGGUAAGUAUUGUUACUCGAUGUCUGCGAGAUCGAUGAGGAAAAAUAAAAUCAUGCCGAUGACGAUGAUCCAU